AUGAUGGUUCCUGAAAAAAGUCGAAAUGUUAAACGUUGGGAGUAUUUGCCAAAUGAUGUAUUAUUAAAAGAAAAAAUUUUGAUCAGCUUUAUGGAACGUUUCUAUGGUCCGCUUCAAGUGAAUCUUAAAACGAUUCAUGUUAGUCUUGUCAGGUGCUUACGCAAUGAACGUUCUGUUAAAAGAAAAAGACAUGAAGAAUCUUUUACAACAAAUGAUAAUGAUAAAGAUUCUGAAAAUUUUGAAAAUAUGAAUGAAACAAAUGAUGGUGACAAUUUUCAAACCGACUGA